CGCGGUUCGCCCGGUGUAUGCUUUAAUAUGUAUGAUGUGAUGCAUGUGAUGCUUUUAUGUAUUAUUGCAUGGUGGAUGAUUGUGGCUUAGUUAUAUUUGUUGUAAUUUUAAAUACGGCCUGCGUGUCGUGCCUCAUCUCUAUACUCUGGAUGUAAUUCUCUUCUUUACCUCAAAUAUUCUUUUCUCUCGAAAAUUAUAAGAAGAUAAGAAGACGAAGUCCGUUCGUGAUAGAGAAUCCUAAGGAAGACGUGAUGGGCCGGAGAUAGAGAUCUCUUGAUCAAGGCGCUAUCGUUUGUUUUUCUUUAGGAGCCACAAUCAUUUCACGUUUACUUAUUAUGCAUGUGAUGAAAUGAUAUUCCUACUUUAACCACCGUCAAGAUGUGGUUGAGUAAGAGUUUCUCUGUGAAGGACUUGGGAGAUGCCAGUUAUGCACUUGGCAUAAGGAUCUAUAGGGAUAGAUCACGGAAGCUGUUAGGUCUCAGUCAAAGUACAUACAUAGACAAGGUCCUCGCUAGAUUCAGCAUGUCUGAGUCGAAACGAGGAAGUUUGCCUAUGGCCCAAGGCACGAGUCUUUCCAAGACUCAGGGUGCUUCCACUCCGGAGGAAGUAGAAUGCAUGAGAAAUGUUCCUUAUGCGUCGGCCAUUGGAUCCAUCAUGUAUGCGAUGGUAUGUACGAGACCUAAUGUCACCUUUGCUCUGAGUGUCACGAGUAGAUACCAGUCCAACCCUGGCGAAAGCCAUUGGACGGCUGUGAAGAACAUCCUUAAAUACUUCCGUAGGACUAAGGAUGCCUUCCUGGUAUAUAGCGGAAAAGAAGAGCUCAGUAUUGUUGGAUAUACUGAUGCCAGCUUCCAAACUGAUAGAGAUGACUUCAAGUCACACGCAGGACUUGAAGUUAUAACAUUCUCUGAUAUGUGGGGCCGUAUGCUUUGAUUCAUAACUAAUGCUAUCUGAAAUACUGGUAGACGUACAGUUAUGCGUUGGGUAUGCCUCUAAGCAUAUUUAGAGAUGUGAAUAACAGAUACAGAUCUAA